GCGGCGGCUGAGGAGGAGGCGCUGAGCCUAGAAGGAAGAGGCAGCUACCGCGGUGGCGGCGGCGGCGGCUCGGGCGGCAGCGCAUAAAGGGGCCGCCGCCGGGUGAUGCGGUGACCCCUGCGGCAGGCUCAGGAGCCGAGUGGGCCACGGCCCCAAGUCCGUCCCGCCGGACCGGCGCUCCGGAACUCCCCAUCUUCUCCGUCCGACCCGCGAUCACCGAGGCGGCCUCGCUCCCCCUCGUCCCUUCCCCGUCCCUCCCCUGCCCCUGUUUCCGCCCCUGGGGCCGCCUCCACCCGCCUCCCACGAUGACUCUGAAGAGAAUCCACAAGGAAUUGAACGACCUGGCGCGGGACGCCCCAGCACAGUGUUCAGCAGGUCCCGUUGGAGAUGAUAUGUUCCAUUGGCAAGCUACAAUAAUGGGGCCAAGUGACAGUCCCUAUCAGGGUGGAGUAUUUUUCUUGACAAUUCAUUUCCCAACAGAUUACCCCUUCAAACCUCCUAAGGUUGCAUUUACAGCAAGAAUUUAUCGUACAAAUAUUAACAGUAAUGGCAGCAUUUGUCUUGAUAUUCUACGGUCACAGUGGUCUCCAGCACUAACUAUUUCAAAAGUACUUUUGUCCAUCUGUUCUCUGUUGUGUGAUCCCAAUCCAGAUGAUCCUUUAGUGCCUGAGAUUGCUCGGAUCUACAAAACAGAUAGAGAAAAGUACAACAGAAUAGCUCGGGAAUGGACUCAGAAGUAUGCGAUGUAAUUAAAGAAAUUAUUGGAUAACCUCUACAAAUAAAGAUAGAGGAACUCUGAAAGAGAAAGUCUUCUUGAUUUCCAUUUGCCUGCUUCCUAUGAGCCCACGCUUCAUCUUCCCCUGUGCACAUGUUUACCUGAUACAGCAGUGCUACGUGUUGUACAUACUUGGAACAACAAACUAGAAAUACUGUACUUCUGUACCAACAUUGCCUCCUAGCAGAGAAGUGUGUGUGUGAGACAAGCCA